AUGGACGCCACGAUGUUCCGGACCCUGGUCGAGGUCGAAUCCCGCGACCGCGACGCCGGGGCUCCUCCCCUCCUCCCCGCCGCCCCGGCCAAGGCCGUCCCCCGGACCUACCCGGGCGCGCCCCACCGCGACGAGUCCUCGAUCGAGCUCUCGCGCCUCAGCAACACAGCCGACGACCGCCAUCAUGGCAACAAUAAUGUCGGCGGCAACACCGGGAACAAAGCCGGCGCCACUCCGUCCCGCCCUCCGUCGCCGACAUCGGGGGCCGACGUCGAGAUGAGCCGGCCCCCGAGCCCGGCCGCCUUCGAGGUCCUGCAGAGCAUCUCGGACCCCUACAUGAACCGCUACCGUCUGGCGGCUGCGUGCCUCAUGAACUUUGGCAACGGCCUGAACGACAGCGCCCCGGGUGCUCUGAUCCCCUACAUUGAGAAGCACUACGACAUUGGCUACGCCAUCGUCUCCCUCAUCUUCAUCGGCAACGCCCUGGGCUUCAUCUUCGGCGCCGCCUUCCUCGAGUCCCUGCGCAUGCGCCUCGGCCGCGCCCGCCUCCUCGCGCUGGCCCAGACCGUCAUCACGAUCGGCUACGCGCCCAUCCUCGCCCGCGCCCCCUUCCCGCUCGUCGUCGUCUCCUUCUUCCUGCUCGGCUUCGGCAUGUCCCUGACCCUCGCCGUCAACAACGUCUUCUGCGGCUCCCUGCGCCAGGCCACCACGGCGCUCGGCUUCAUCCACGGCGCCUACGGCGUCGGCGGCACCGUCGGGCCCCUCAUCGCCACCGCCCUCGUCACCGCCGCCCGAGCCAGCUGGAGCACAUACUACGUCAUCCCCCUGGGCCUGGCCGUCUUCAACGGCGCCUUCGCCACCUGGUCCUUCUGGCGCUACGACGCCGACCUCCCCGCGCCGUCCCGGCCCGACGCCGCCGCCACCGCCGCCGCCGUCGACUCGGGCACCCAUCUCCUCAGCAUGUUCCACGCCCUCAAGGCGCGCGUCGUGCUGCUGGGCGCGCUCUUCAUCUUCGCCUAUCAGGGCGCCGAGGUGUCCAUCUCGGGCUGGGUCAUCUCCUUCCUCAUCGCCGUGCGCGGCGGCGACCCGGACUCGGUCGGCUACGUGACGGCCGGCUUCUGGGGCGGCAUCACCAUUGGCCGGCUGUGCCUGUCGCACCCGGCCCACCGCGUCGGCGAGAAGCUGUUCGUCGUGCUCGCCACCGUCGGCGCCACCGUCUUCCAGCUGCUCGUGUGGUGGGUGCCCAACGUCGUCGGCCCCGCCGUGUCCGUCGCCAUCGUCGGCCUGCUGCUGGGGCCCAUCUACCCGUGCGCCGCCGCCGUGUUCAUGAGGGCCAUGACGGGCCACGAGAGGUCCAGCGGCAUGGGCGUCAUCAGCGCGUUCGGCAGCUCGGGCGGCGCCGUCGCGCCGUUCACGACGGGUAUCCUCGCGCAGGCGGCCGGCACGUGGGUGCUGCACCCGAUCGCCAUCGGGCUGUUUGCCGUGAUGAUGGCGUCGUGGUACGGUGUGCCGCACGGCAGGAAGAGGUCCGAGUAG